GACCAAACGACUAUCAAAAAGAUUCAAAACUGACUUCUUCUGCCUUAAAACCCUAACCUCUCAAUCUCCCAUUCUGAAGAAGGCGCGACACUCCUCGCAGAAGUGCAGAGUUCCUCCAGCUAGUUCCAAUCAAUGGCGAGUGUACCUGUUAAUCCAAAACCUUUUUUGAAUAAUCUCACUGGGAGCCCUGUCAUGGUGAAGCUCAAGUGGGGAAUGGAGUACAAAGGUUUUCUUGUUUCCGUUGAUUCAUAUAUGAAUUUACAGCUUGCUAACACGGAAGAGUAUAUUGAUGGACAGUUUACUGGAAAUCUUGGAGAGAUUCUCAUCAGGUGUAAUAAUGUUAUGUAUCUUCGUGGUGUUCCGGAGGAAAUUGAUGCUGAUGAAGAUUAGAUGGUAAUGAUAUUAUCACCAGCCCUCACCCUCACCCCCUCCGCAGAAGUCAUCACCAUCUACUUCUCUUGUUCUGCCUGUGCUUUUAUUAACUAAAUGAUGUUAACUACCAUGUCAGAAUUUUACCAUACUACUGAAGAUAGCAAGGGAGACUCAUGCUGUGCUAUUUUUAUUUUAUUUUACCCCUUAGGCUGUGAGUUGCAUGGUGUCACAGUGGAAUAGGCAUCUUUUGUUGACAUGAAUUAGCGAUGAAAUUUGGUUUUUGGCCUGUGCUUGUGAUAUGACUUGGUAAGAUGGUAGUUAUUAGCAUUCUGACGGAUGGUCGGAAUGCUAAUAAUUACUCAUUCCGUUCUUUUUUAAUAGGCAGGUUUCUAUAAAUAAAAA